GUUAACGUUCCUGCUGCUACGUUCAGCUCAAGUCAUUAGACAACAGCGAGUAGCGUGUGACCCGACACCACUUUGAGCUAACCCCGGCCAGAAUGCAUAAGCCACACCUCGCGGAGUCGUAUCAUAAAGAGCUUUUGGCAACGCUGCAGGUGAGUGCGGUACUCUAUCUCCGCGGCCUGUCAGUCGGCUGCACUUAGGCGUGCUGCGUCUAGGCUUGUGCUGCCUCCUGUUGUGCGCCUCCUGUUGUGCUGCCUCCCGUUGUGCGCUCUCGCCACCCAUGACCAACCCCCACCGGCCCCUCGCCACGGAAACCCUACUGUAGGCAAAAGGCAAGAUCCCACGGAUGAUGACGGCGGCAGACGAGCGGAGGGACGCCGAGAACAAGAACACGGGGCCACGCAUCUUUCCCGGGCCAUGGGGCACGGAGGCGGUGCUGGAAAACAUGGUCCGCAAGGCGGAGGAGCGCAUUGAACAGGCCACGCGCGGCCAGCCGGCGGCGGGCGGCACAGCGGCGCGGGCGGCGGCGGCGGCGGCGGGGGCGGCGGCGGCGGCGGGGGCGGGCAGGCCGCAUCGCGACCCCAGCGCGCGGAAACAGAUCCAGGCGCGCAUGUCGCAGCUGGAGCAGGAGCUCGCGGCGGAGCGGGCGCUGCGGGCGGGGCUGGAGGGCCAGAUGGCGGGGCUGCGGGAGAGCCUGUCGCGGGGGGGAGGGGGCGGGGGAGGGGGCGGGGCCGAGGCGGGCGGGCGGUAGCAGCAGGCGGCGGCGGCAGGCGGCAGGCGGCAGCAGGCGGGCGGGGGGAUCGAUGGGUGUGCGUGGGCGCGUGGGCCCACUAGCGUGGGGUGAUUGCGGGUGUGAUUGCGGGUGUUUGUCGUGAAGGAUGGAAUGACACCAGAAGUGAGCACCGGCUCAACAGAGCCUAGUACUAGCAAGGUAUGACAGCCCCUGAUACAUAGGGGCCGCAUCACGACAUAAGUUUAGAAUGGUACGUGUGCGGUGGUGUGCCGCCAUGUGUGUCGGCGUGUGCGCUCUAACCAAGUACCGUACGGUAUCGGACUGUGGGGAUGAGUUCAGCAAGGUGAGGUAGCAAGGGAAUGGGUGUAUGGGCUUGCGUCUGCAACUGAACCUGUACGUAUGUGUGCAAUGAAAUCUUUGGAGGGAAGUGCACAUGUGUAUCACCAUCCGACAGCGAUUGUGCUGCGGCUUCAUCAUUGCAGCUUCGCCUGCAGCGCGUUUUUAUUGGAAGAGGAGUUCGAUUUCAAAUGUGAACAGCUUAUCGUGUGUGCCUGUCCUAGGACCGUGGACCGGGGACUGCUGGCUGGCGCAUGCUGACCAAGGAAGCUGGGACUCUCUUCGGGGAGUCGGCGGCUGUGCGUCAAGAUCAUUAUUACUGAUGUAAUUCAAGUUGGUU